GUCGGAUUGCAACUUUGCGGUAAGAAGUCACAUUUUAUUAUAUUAUCAAAAUUUAAAAGCAAAUUCCCACACAACCCUAUUUUUCACUCUUCGCCCGAGGCUCAACAACCAUCUUUUUCCAUCUCUGCAUAUACGAUCUCACAUUCUGGUUUAGAUUUAACACUUUGCAGAGUUGAGUUUUGAGGAAACAAGUUCGAUCAAAUCACUGAAGCAAUCCAUCAAAUGGCUGCUAUGGCUCGGUAUCUUUUCUCGGACCUGCCGAGACAAUCGCCUAACAUGACUGAUACCUGCCGUCUCAGAUCACAACCUCCUCAUGUCGUUUCCUUCCCAAGAAACCAACCGUUCCGUUUUCAAUGUUCUCAGAUGUCCAUUCCCAAGCUACGUAUUUCAUGCGGCGGAGGAGACGGUGGAAACCAUGGGGUUGGUGGUAGCGGAGGUGGUGGCAGAGGAGGAGGUGGCGGGUCCAAUUCCAGCGAUGAUCCAUGGAAGCGUUUUGGCAUUCUGGGUCUUUUCCUAAGUGGAUGGAGAGAUAGGGUUGCAGCAGAUCCGCAGUUUCCAUUCAAGGUUUUAAUGGAAGAGUUGGUGGGAGUCACUGCUUGUGUUCUUGGAGACAUGGCUUCACGUCCUAAUUUUGGUCUUAACGAGCUCGACUUCGUUUUCUCAACUCUCGUUGUCGGUUCCAUUAUGAAUUUCACUCUUAUGUAUCUUUUAGCACCAACAGCUUCCGCAGCUUCUUCAAGUCUCCCUUCUAUCUUUGCAAACUGUCCUCAAAGUCAUAUGUUUGAACCAGGUGCUUUUACCUUAAUCAACCGUUUCGGGACUUUUGUCUAUAAAGGAACUGUGUUUGCUGCUGUUGGACUGGCUGCUGGACUUGUCGGGACUGCAAUCUCAAACGGGUUGAUCACGAUGAGGAAGAAAAUGGAUCCCACCUUUGAAACACCCAACAAGCCUCCUCCUACCUUGUUGAAUGCCAUCACCUGGGCCGUUCACAUGGGUGUUAGCAGCAAUUUUAGGUAUCAAACCUUGAAUGGGAUCGAGUUUGUGUUGGAAAAGGGGCUUCCCCCCUUUGUAUUUAAGUCAUCAGUGGUGGUCCUGAGAUGCUUAAAUAACGUAAUUGGAGGAAUGUCAUUUGUAAUACUAGCAAGGAUGACUGGGUCUCAGAGUGUUGAACAGAAGCCAGCAAACAUAGACAAGGAGAAGGAGAUGUUGAUGGAUGGUGGUGUCAAUAUGGAGAACAAUCAGUCGACUUUUAAGUGACUUUUACCCUUUUUUUUGUUUUUUUCUCGUCCUUGGCUGUUUUUGGCAUUUUCUCUGCCUGGCUCUGUAACUUGGACGUAGCAUGUGAUCACAAUGUUUGUAAUAAGAUCCAAGAUGUCUCAGUUUGAAGUUAUAGUUCAUGUGAUCAUAAUAUUUUGGGUUA